AUGUCAACUUGCAGUAGCUUUGACAAUCAGCUAUCAUUCAUAAGUGAUGAUGAUGAGGAUGUGUUGUUCUUGGACGACGACUCAUCUUCCACGACAUCAGGUUCAUUCACAUCGAUCAACAAGUUGACAAUGUCCGACAUCAACGCCAUCCGUGAUCGCGACCGACUGAACAGUCUCAGUAUCGCCGCCAAUGGUGUCGGCAGUGGCGUCAGUAUCAAUGGCCAUGGUGGCAGCGUCAACUUGACCAGCCAAAGCAAGCUGGCCACGAGAUACGCCGGUGGUGAUACACUUGACAAGAGCACACCAUGGUACGAGCAGCGCCAAGUGAUUGCCUCGCUUCUACAGGCGAGAACUACAAUGCGCCAGCUUUUGGAGACAAAGGGACAUGAGUCACGUCUUCUGGAGGGCAGUCUAUGCGUCUCGGAGAUACAGGCAAUGCUAAACAGUCAGCGCGAGGACCUCGAAACUGAUUGGAUCGCCGAGAUCCAAGAGUUGAAGCGCAACAUGGUCUCAGAGAUCCGUCGCAACCACCUACUAGAGCGCGACCUCAACAGACUAGACAAGCGUAUAGCUCUAUUAAUCAAACAUAGGAAUAACAUAAAGGAUCUAAUUGCACCAGAGGAGAAGAAAAAGACGAGGAAGAAGCAUGAUGUGGAUGCUGGUAAUAUGGAUCCCAAGCAUAUUGAGUCAUAUCAACAUCUGUUCUACUUGUUGCAAACUGAGCCACAUUACUUGGCCAAGCUUGUGACCCAAGUUCAGUCCGAUCAAAUGGAUACCUUCCUCGACACAGUAAUACUCUCACUCUUCGGUGAUGCCUUCUCUCCACGUGAAGAAUACCUUAUACUCAGUCUAUUCAGGUUGGCGAUCAGUCAAGAGAUGUCUGGUGUCAAGGCUGCAGGCGACUUGAUAUCGGUUGACUCGGUGGUACCAAAGAUGAUCUUGACAUAUACACGAAGAAAGCAGGGACAUGAGUACCUGUGCCAAACGAUCGCCCCACUGCUGGAGCAGGCCGUGAUCAAUGCGCCAGACCUCAACCUCGAGUUGAACGCCGUACAGAUAUACCAGGGCAUGAUCAGUGAGCAGGAGAUACAGACUGGCGCCAAGAGCAAUAUGAAUCGUGGACUGCCAGAGGAGCAGAUACUUGCGAUGCGUGAGGUGCAGGACAUCCUGGCGGCGCGCGUCCAGCAAUGCACACGCAUAUGCGAGCAGUUCUUCCUGUGCAUCAUCCAGUCGCUCAACCGCAUGCCAUACGGUAUGCGCUGGAUCUGUAAGCAGAUCCACGCCAUGGCCAAGACCAACUUCCACUCGAGCGCUGACGAAGUGGCCAAGGUGAUUGGCUACUUUGUAUAUUACCGCUUCAUCAAUCUGGCGAUUGUCACGCCAGAUAUGUACGAGAUCAUCAAGAAGGAGUUGCCCAACAGCGCGCGCAAGAACCUGGUGACGAUAUCGCGUGUCCUGCUCAGCCUGUUCACGCUCAAGACCUUCAACAACCAGGGUGGUGACCGCUGGUUGCAGCCAGCCAAUGCAUGGAUCACCUCGCACAUGGACACUGUGCGCCGAUACUUUGACGACCUGAUACAGGUGACCGACCCGUCAGAGUACCUGCGGGUGGACAAGUACAACGAGCUGACACUCAAAAUCAGUCCCGUGAUCGUCGUGUCACUUAGCGAGAUUGCCCAGACGCACAAGUUGCUGCUCGCGCAUCUGCGUUCUCUCAAGACACGCGAGAAGGACGACCCGCUGGAGCUGAUCCUCAAGGCACUGCCGGCGGUCCCGAUCGAUGUGCCCGAAGAGGCUGACCGCGACCUCCAGCUAAUGCUAAUCAAUAGAUUCAAGGAGCAGAUGGAGCACGAUAUCACCGUGUCUGUGUCACCACUGGCCCAGACCAAGGAGCUGGUGCUCCAGGUGUUCCGCGCAAUGCCCACGCAGGCCAAAGAGCGCGCAGACACCAAGGACGACUUUUUGGCCGUUCUCCAGACGGCCAUCUCACAUGGACAACAGACAGACAGCACACAGCUCGUAGCGGCCGCCGAGAAGAUCAAGGACAAUCUGAGAAAGAUGGAGUCGGACGGCUCGCUGGGUGCCAACGGCGGCUACGAGGGCUUCCUGCGCACGAUCGCAUUGGAAGUGAUCAAUCGACAGGAGAUCCGCGAGAACCAGCGCAAGGAGCGAAUGAGACUGACCAUCGCGUUGCGCGAUCUCCGCAAGCAUCAGAGUUACCUCAACGAGCAGAUUCAGCAAUACACAUCGUAUCUCAAGGACGUGCUGCUGCAUUAUACCUCGCACAACAAGGACGGCAGCAAGAAGAAGGCCAACAAGCCCGUGAAGAUUUCAUUCAAAGAGCUGUCCAAGAAGGGCAUCAUCGUGGAGUCGGACAUCCCGCGCCUGUCACAUGGCGCCACCAACUUCUACAUCACAACAGACACACCUGGCAUCUUUGACAUUGAGGCCAAGAUUGGCGUCACAGUGGUGGGCACCAUACAGAUCGAGUUGGACGACCUCCUUGAGAAGGCAACAGUCGGCAUCCAAGUUCUCAAGCUGGACAGCAUAGUACUGGAUGUCAACAUGACACUACAUCUACUCAAUAAGCAUUUCCUGAAGAAGUUAAAGUGA